AUGCACCACGGCGGGAAUCAGAUGGGCAAUUUGGUAUUCGAGCUGAUGGGUCUUGUCGGCAUUGCCAAAGUGCUUGGGAGAUUGCCAGUGAUUGUGCUGGGCAGCGAGUACGACCACGGUGCACGGCCCCAAUUUUGGGAUAACCUCCUCUACUACCCCAAUUUAUACAGCGACGUCCGGUUCGUGUGCGAUCCGGGAUUUAACGUAGAGAAGGUCGUGUGGAACUACUAUCGUCCUAGCAUCUCGCUACGCCAUCUGAUCCCUGAUACUGAACCGGGGCCAAACAACUCAGCAUCUGAGCCAACGGACCGCAACGGCCAGCGCAUGAUCGUUCUCGACGGGUCAUACACUCCCGGUGACUUUGCCGCACGCCCUCAUCUGUAUACGGUUGCAAUCGAUAUAGGCGGAAACCUGACCGUCAGCGAGCUGUUGCAGCUGCAGGAAACCGUGCCUUUGCCUGAUAAAGCACCGUUGUUUGACACGUGCCCAAAGCAUCGGUACCGUCAUGACGAUCCUGAAAUUUUGAAGUUGCUCGGGAGCACGACUGAGGAGCCGGCUUGCUCCCGGGAAGAAGGCCCAACAUAUCUAGAAGGUGGAAAAAUCUUCCACAACCUUUAUUAUCCAUGGACUGACGAUUUCAACUGCACAGCCAGAUGCGCCUUGUAUGACACCGUCUGGAUCAACAAGUACGGGCCUGAGUGCGUGGUCGGCGACAACUGCACGACGUUUGAGUGCGAUAUCAUCGAUGUAAAGUGCCGGGGGCUAGACGGAAAUCUGACACACAUCGACUUGCACACGCAAAUUUUCGAACAUAGCCGAGAUCGCCCAGCCAUUUUCGGCGAACGCUAUCGAGCGGGCAAAUCACCAAAAAUAGACCCGAAAACGCGCUUCCACCCCAGUGUUCACAUCAUUGUGCUCGAUUCGGCUGGACGCUUCCCGGCCUUGAGACAACUCAACAAGACCAUCAGCUACUUGAAAAACGAGUUCCAAGCGGUGGACUUCACGGCGAUGAGCCGAAUCGGUUACGCCAGCCGCUCAAAUGCCUAUGGCGCAUUCUUUGGAGACCUCGAUACGGCGGUAGAUCGCUCGAUGUAUGGUGGGUCGAAGCUGAAUGCAACCAUCGAUACGGAAAUUUGUAAAAAGGGUCUGGAUGAGAGGGCUUACAUCCAGUUUGAGUACGAGGAUGCUGGGUACCGAACCAUGUACGCCGAAGAUUACUUCACUGCCACCUGGACUUACAAUGAUUGUGCUGGAAUCUCGAAGCAACCGGCUACUCACCACUUGAGGCUUCUAAAAGAUUCUGGAUAUGAGUACCAGGACCAGGAGCUACUCCGCGCUCACCUACGCAAUAAGACGAGGUGCGGAACCAGCCACCAACACACCAUCGACUACACCUCGAAAUUCAUCCGCUCUUAUCCGGGGCAACCAAAAACGUCAAUCAGCUGGCUGGACGAAGCGCAUGAUAGCGAGAAAGAAUGGAAACACUCGGACAAAUACUAUCAUCAAAUGUUGGUGGAAAACAAGGAGCUGCUCACCGAUUCAAUCGUCAUUUUCCUCGGCGACCACGGGCAGCGUUUCGGGGCGGUCGCCGCUACUGAACAAGGUAUAUUCGAGGGGAAGAACCCGUUGCUCCUGAUUUCGCUACCGGAAAGGUUACGAAAAACAAAAAUGGCAGAGCAGCUGGUGAAAAAUAAAGACGAACUGCUUAGCCAUCACGAUUUGUAUGCUACGCUUGUGGAUAUUAUCCGGUAUCAGCCUACCACCAACUUCACGGACACGAGAUUCAAGAAGAUCGAAGGAACCCUCGGGAAUUCGCUGCUUCGGUCUCUAGACCCCACCAUGCCGAGAUCUUGUAAAUACCUACCGAUCCCUGCCGAAUAUUGCAUCUGCGAUUACGGAGCGUAUCGCGUUCUGGAGAGCAAUGACAGCAUGUGGACCGAGUUACCGAAAAUGAUAGAAAAAGACGCCGACGUGUAUCUGUCAAAAAAUGCCCUAGCCGAAAAAUGCGAUGCUAUUAGAAUAGCUAAUGUUACCUCAAUCACAGUGAAAAUCGAUGCACGUAACGCUACGCUUUACAAAGUGGCUUUUUUCACCACAAAUCAGGCCGCGUUCCAGCUCCCCAAGGUGCUGCUCAAACGCAAGGUCUUCUACGCAGUUUUCUUGCUCCUGGUCAUCGGCUGCAUUUUGCAAUUUCCAAGGAGGCCCGCGACGAGUCGACGGAGUAUGCCUUCAAGAAGAAGUAAUCUACCUCCUGAAGAACCACAGAACACUACAGUUACAGCCGAUUACAGCCUGAGCACGAGCAGUUCUGUUGGGGCUUACACCGCCGCCGACUUUGCCGCUCGUCCUCAUCUUUAUAGUGUAGCGGUCGAGGUCAAGGAGAACCAAACCCUAGACGAGCUCGCAACCAUGUCUGAGAUGACAAACCUUCGAAAUCCAACGGAGCCUCCAAAUCUAAUCCCGGAAGACGUCUACUGGCUGUCCGUCAUGCGCGAUCUGCAUUUCGAGUACCGGGCACUGCCAUUCUUGAUUAGUGGUACUUUACUUGGUUGGCGUCGUGAAUGCGCCGUAAUUCCGCACACGACGGACAUGGACAUCGCCAUAUUCGAGGAUGAAUUUCCCAUGGCUCUCGUCGAAGACUCGAUUAAUAUGACCGGAAAGCCGCUGCAGCUCGCGAGGAUAAUUGGCAGGCCGGGCGACAGCUACGAGGCGACGUUUUGGGCAAAGACGCGGCGCGGCAAGUGGUUCACAAUCGACAUGUUCACGAUGUAUCGCGAUCUGGAGAAGCGUAAUUGCUAUACAACCCUUGUUUACGACAGGCCUGACUACCAGAAGUAUCGAAACGAGUAUCCUUGGUUUGAAGCGGAAUUUUGUACGGCAAAUCUUCACGGUCACGUCUUCCACGUACCGUGCGAUCCGGACCGCAUUUUGGAGGCCGAUUAUGGAGUACAUUGGCGCGUCGAUCGCCACACCAAGGGUUAUUUCUACGAGGGCAAACUGGUGGCGAACGGCAAUUUCUCACUGGAAGGG